AUGAUUGAUUCAAUUUCUUUAGUUGGUUUUCUCGUGUUAGGAAUUAUAGGAUGGAUUACUUAUAAAAUAUAUAUUUGGCCAAAUUAUAUUUCUCCUUUGAGAAAAAUUCCUGGUCCACCAUCCGAAAAUCCAUUUUUCGGAAACAUUAAAACAUUUAUGAAGGAAGAGUCUGGUGAACCACAACUUAGAUGGAUAAAAAAAUAUGGAAAUAUUAUAAAAGUCCAUGGAAUAUUUAAUGAACCAAUUGUUUUUGUCGCCGAUCCAAAAAUUAUUCAAGAUAUCUCAGUAACUCGUGCUUAUGAUUUUAUUAAACCUCCUGGUUUAUUGGCUGAUUCUAUUGCAGUUGCCGGUAGAGGUCUUAUAUACGCAGAAGGUGAUGACCAUAAAAGACAGAGAAAAAUGAUAAAUCCAGCUUUCACUCAUAGUAAAAUCAAAGAAAUGGUUCCGAGAUCUAUUCCUAUAGUUAUGACAUUAAAAGGUUUAAUUGAAGAUAAAAUAAACCGAGGGGAAUCUAAUAUUAAUCUUACACCCUAUAUAUCAGAAGCUACUUUAGAUAUUAUUGGCUUAGUAGGAUUCAAUUGCGAAUUUAAUUCGUUAAAAUCUCCAAACGAAUUGGCUGAAGCUUAUGAUUCUCUUAUGUGUUCUCCAGUUAACGCAAUCAAUAUUAUAUCAAACUAUGCACCAUUCGUUAGAAAACUUCCCUUGGAAGUAAAUAAAAAAUUCAGAAAAGAAUGUUCAAUUAUUGAUCGUGAAUCAAAGAAACUGGUUGAAGAAAGAUGUAAGGAAGCUGAAAAUGGAGAAUUAAAGAAAAACGAUUUGUUGUCCAUAAUAAUUAAUACCAAUAGAACAUUGCCUAUUGAAGAAAAAAUAUCCAAAGAAGAAUUAAAAUAUCAGAUUAAAACAUUUUUAGUAGCAGGACAUGAAUCUACAAGUGUCUCAAUUUGCUGGGCUUUAUAUUACCUUUCACAAAAUCUGCAUGAGCAAGACUUAUUGCGUGAAGAAUUAGUUAAAGCUUUUCCUGAUAAAUCAAAAUUUAAUCCUACAUUUGAUGAACUUAAUUCUUUGGAGUAUUUAAAUUGCGUAAUUAAAGAAACUUUAAGAUUGGCUUCUCCAGCAACAUCUGCUAGGCGAACUAAUACUAAAGAUGAAGUUUUUGGUGAUUAUUACAUUCCAAAGGAUACUAUAAUAAUGAUGGCGAUUUCGGUACUUCAUAGGUUACCUGAAAUCUGGGGCUCAACAGCCGACAAUUUCGUUCCAAAAAGAUGGUUGGAUCCUUCUUUGGCUAAAAAUACAUCAAAUUUAAUUUAUUUACCUUUCCUUAAUGGUCCAAGAAGUUGUAUAGGCAAUAAAUUAGCUUUAACUAAGAUCAAAAUAUUGUUAUGUAUGUUAAUUAGAAAUUUUGUUUUUAAACCGAUUGAAGGAUUUCACAUUAGAAAAAGAAUUAUCCCUGUAACUAAACCUGAUCCAUACCUCGGAUUAGAUGUUUCUGUUGUUGAAUCUUAA